AUGGCGAAAGACUGGAUUGAGCUCAUUAAGGAUCCCAUUCAUUUGUCCGGUGGUGAACAGCGCAUAUUCCAGAACUCCCAGUUACCUACAGUAAGCGAUGCACUUACAGUAACUUUCCGAAUAAAACUCAAGUCUCAUACUAAUAAUUGGGGUACUAUUUUUCACAAAGGUACUGGAGAUUACGACCGUACUCCCGCAAUUUGGCUAUCAGCAAACACAUCCCACCUGCAUGCUCGUUUCACUGGCAACUGGUAUAACAAUGCAGGAGUUGAGGCGGUCGAAGGCGGGCUUUUGUUAAGCAAAUGGUACCAUGUAGCUUAUUCACUCUCUGAUACCGAAAAGAGGAUGGACGUCUAUGUUAAUGGCGAAUGGCGUGCAUUUCUUGCUAUCACCAAUAUUCGGACAGAGCAAGUUAUUUUCAAUGAAGGGCCGCUGCACGUUGGACGUGCUUAUUCUUGGGAUUCGUUUAAUGGCGAAAUCAGCAAUUUUCGUUAUUUCAAUUGGCGCUUAACUCCUGAAGAAAUCAAGAAAGAUUCUUUGGGUGAGGCUCCACAAACGAAAAAAAUACAUAUGGAUGCAGCUCCACGAGCUGCCCCAACACCGUCAGCUCAUUCAACACUGCCAACUCAUUCAACACUACCAACUCAUUCAACACUGCCAACGCAUUCAACAUCGCCAACACAGCAAGCGAACCCAAGGUGGGUUGGUAGUAGACGAGAUACUGGGAAAGAUCAGCACAAUAACGAGUUUCUACAGGAACCGGCUAAUUAUAAUUAUCAGUUCUGA